GUAUUGUAGUCUCUGUCAAACUGUCACGACAUCACCGCUGCUUUACGGCAGCCGACGAACUACAGACGCGCAGCCGGCUGACCUUCUGGGGGACUCGUCAAGAAAGCAUGGCUGCACGGGCACUUACGAAAGGGCUUUGGGGGAUACGACCCUCGCGGGCUGUGGCGGCCGGUUACCCCGGUGGGGGGCACCAGUACGCCACCGCAGCGUCCGCCGAAGCCACCCAACUCAAAGUUGACGAUGUUUCAGACAAGGUGAUAAACCAGCCACUCGAGAAGCCGGACUUCUUCCGUGUGUCGGAACUCUUCUCGUUGAAAGACCUUUUCGACGCCAGAGUGCACCUGGGCCAUAAGAAAGGGUGCAGACACAGGCUCAUGGAGCCGUACCUCUAUGGCUGCCGCUUGGACCAAGAUAUAAUUGACCUCGACCAGACUGUGGAGCACCUUCAGCAAGCCCUGAAUUUCACCGCCCACGUGGCGUAUCGCGGCGGCGUCAUUCUGUUUGUCAGCCGCCAGCGUCAGUUCGUCCACCUGGUGGAGAACGCCGCCAAGAGCUGCGGCGAGUACGCCCACACGCGGUACUGGCAGGGCGGCCUCCUCACCAACGCCCACAUCCAGUACGGCCCGGGUGUCCGCCUGCCGGACCUCGUCGUCUUCCUCUCCACCCUCAACAACGUGUUUCAGCCGCACGUGGGAAUCCGGGACGCGGCCAAGAUGAACAUUCCCACGGUCGGCGUGGUGGACUCGAACUGCAACCCGUGCCUGGUGACCUACCCGGUGCCGGGGAACGACGACACCCCCUGUGCUAUGGAGAUGUACUGUCGCUUGUUCACGAUGACCAUCAACCGCGCCAAGGACAAGCGCAGACGGAUGGAGCUGCUGCACGGCAUUUCGGCGCCGCCCACGUCGAGCUCGUGACAUAUGUUCUGAAGAGAGGGGCAAAAAUGCAUUUAAAGAAAAAAAAGAAAUAAGUCUGCGGCUCCCUUUCAUCAUUUGCGUUUUCAUUUGGAAGAUAAAACGGGAAGCCGGAGUUCAGUGUGGACAGGAUGCGGUCUCAGGAUGCGACGUUUGUCUUCUGGUUUAUUCAUUUAUUGUUCUGCUGCAGCCUUGGCUUCAGGCUUUUGUUCUCGUUUGUCUGUACGUACUAUUUGUGUGAAAACUCUUGACCGCCUGAAGGGAGUUUUACAUCCAUUUGUACUCAAUAAUGAACUGAUUAGUAUUUGAUGGUCAAGGUCACUGGCUGCACAAAACACAUUGUGCCACAGCUAAAACGUUCAUAUGCAAAUUAUUGUCGACUAAAACAUUAAAUUGUAGUUUUAAUAGGUUUAUCUAAAUAUAAAUGAUGCAAACAUGAUUCUUUUUCCACAUUAAUUGCUGAAUGUUCGACAGCAUUUCAUGAAGCCUCUUGUGGAAAUAAAACUACAGGAAUAGUCAACCAACUCCCGUUUAUUCAUGAAUUUAAAGUUCACUGAUGUUUAAUGUCUGAUCAGAGACAUUGAUAUCAGAUACAGAUACAUAACAGGAGAGACAUGUCAGUGCAACUGUAUAUAUGCAUUGUCUUAUUUGUGUUCUACAUCUGCUUCACAUGAAGAUUCAUUAAUAAACGGCAAACAA